CCAAGUACACGAUGCCACUUCGAUUAAAUUAUUCACGAGAAAACACGGAGCGAGAGGGAGAGAGAAGGGGGGAGAGAGAGGUGUUGUGAGCCUUUAGUUGGUCACUCCUUGGAAGAAGGGCAGUUCAAAACUAGCAAAAUACUAACUUGCACCUUCCGUUUUGUCUCAACUAUCAAAUUCAUUCAUCUGUCUCUCUCUGCGCGAAAGCCAUCUCUUUCUUCUUUCUAGCUUUGUUCUCUGCAAUCAUGGAAGUCAAUACCAGUUUUGCUGUGGCUGCAGAAUCACCAAGUUUUGCCUCAACACAGAACCACUCACAUCCUGAAGAGUAUAAUAAGCAUCAUCAUCAUCAUCCCCAUUUACCCUCCAAAACCAUUCUCAUAGUCAUCAUAACUCUCACUUCCUUCUUGCUUCUUCUCGCCAUUUCUCUCAUCAUAUUCCUCCUCCGUCGCCUCAAAUCCUCUCCCAAGAAUCCAACUACUAAACUCGGCAAUGAAGAGUUCCAUGACACCGCUAGUAGCAGAUUCAAUGCCUCAACAGCUUCCAACUUCACUUGUAGCCCAGAUGUCAGGGGAGGGUGUAUUUAUGGAGGAAACGUGAGCAGACCAGUAGCAACUAAAUUCAGAGGAGUGCAAGUGUUCACGUACAGGGAGCUAGAAGUGGCGACGGAGCGAUUCAGUGAAGCAAACAUAAUUGGAAAUGGAGGGUUUGGUUUGGUGUACAAGGGAGUCUUAAGUGAUGGCACUCUGGCCGCCAUUAAAUUGCUGCAGAGGGACGGUAAGCAAGGCGAGCGUGCCUUCAGAAUCGAGGUGGAUCUUCUAAGCCGAUUGCAUUCUCCUUAUUUGGUGGAGUUAAUUGGGUAUUGCGCUGAUCAGCAUCACAGGCUCCUUGUAUUUGAAUAUGUGGCCAAUAGGACACUUCAAUACCAUCUUCACUCUGCUCAGGAUCAUGCUCAGCCGUUGGAUUGGUGGACGAGAAUGAGGGUGGCCCUUGAUUGUGCCAGGGCCUUGGAGUUUCUGCAUGAGCAUGCGGCCACGCCUGUGAUACACAGAGACUUCAAGUCCAACAAUGUUGUACUGGAUCAUAACUUCCGUGCUAAAGUUUCUGACUUUGGAUUGGCCAAGAUGGGUUCAGAAAAGAUCAACGGUCAAGUUUCCACAAGGGUUUUGGGGACCACUGGAUACCUGGCACCAGAGUAUGCAUCCACAGGGAAGCUUACCACCAAGUCAGAUGUAUACAGCUAUGGUGUGGUUCUUCUUGAGUUGCUCACUGGGCGAGUGCCAGUUGAUAUUAAGCGCCCCCCUGGUGAACAUGUCCUUGUCUCUUGGGCUCUUCCGAGGUUAACAAGCAGAGAAAAGGUGAUGGAAAUGGUUGAUCCAGCUCUGCGAGGACAGUACUCUAAGAAGGAUCUAGUGCAGGUAGCAGCCAUAGCAGCAAUGUGCAUACAGCCAGAAGCAGAUUACAGGCCGCUUAUGACAGAUGUAGUGCAAUCACUAAUACCACUAGUUAGAAACCCAUCUUCUGUUAGUUCAUCUAGUUCAUUAAGAUAUCAGAAACAUGCUUCAAGUCCAAGCCGUUAGCUGCUGCAAAAUGGAGCAAAUUCACAGUUCAAGACCCACCAACUGACUAUUUUUGAAAGACUGAAGCUUGAUGGGUUAUGUCCGAUAAAUACACUCAGGUCGGGUCGGACCCACAGAGCACAGAGAGGAGACAAAAUGCACCAUGGGUAGACUAAUUCAAAAUCAUCUGCAUUCUAUGUUGGCGAAGAGAUUUUACAGUCGAGGUACAUGGGACCCAAACAAUGGAAAAAAAUAGAUGUGUGGCCCAUAUGGGAAUAAUGCCAACUUGUUGGGAUUUAUCAUUUGCAAACUAGAAUGCCAUCAGCUCAUAUCAA